AUGGCGAAGAAGGUAAGGAAGCUUCACGUCAAGGUGAAGCCGGUGAGGCUUGAUGGUUUACCGGCUAAUCCCGGUGAAGAAACGGCCGCCAAGAAUCUUUUCGCGAUGGUGGAGUUGAAAUGGAAAGGACCGGUCUCUGGUUUCGGAUUGGGACUCAUCCCUUUUUAUCGGUCGAACCCACCGGUUAACCAUACGGCCUCUAAACCCAUUUCUUUGGGAGCUAGUCAUGUGGAAUGGGAGGAUGAGUUCGACCGUGUUUGUUGCAUUGUCGGCCCAUGGAACAUCUCCUUCAAUGUCUUCUACGGAGAGGCCUUGGACGCGAAAAGCAAAAAGACUGUGAUCGGAAAAGCAACGUUGGAUAUAUCGGAGAUAGCGUCGAAGCUUGAACUUACGGUGGAGAGAAAGCUUCCGAUUAGGUCAAAGGGUUUACUUUCGAAGGAAGCAACUCUUGUGGUCAACCUGACUUUUUCCGAGGUAAGACACGAAGCAGACGACUUUAUACAGCUCGGUCCAAUCUCGGUUGACUCAGUGAUACCGAAGAAGAUGGCGAGUCGUCGCGACAGCAGCAAUUUCGACUCAUCUUCGUCUCCGGCCACAGCGUCAAGUUCCAGCGGAGUCAGCCCCAUUUUAGGAACCGGGUCAAGUUCAAGCCCGGAGGAGAACCAGUCCGAACCGGGUCUAAAAGCCGGGUUUAAUUGGUGGAAGAGACGACGGUUAAGCUUUUCUAUGACAUGGAGAAGAGAACCGAGAGAGGAUGAAGCUACGACGAAGAUACCAUCAAAACCGUCGGAGCCGGAACCGGAAAAGCCUGCGACGGCGGAGGAUUUAUCGAUCGAGGCGAACAAAUGGGUGACGAAGGAUUUAGUGAGCCGCGAUAGAAAAUCGAAGCUGAGAUCGGAAGUUUACACUGCGUCGAUUGAUCAGAGAAGCGAACAAGCCGGCGGAGAAGCAGCUUGCGCGGCGGUUGCGGUGGUGGUUUCUCAUUGGUUCCAAGCGAACCCUCGGCUAACCAAUCCGUCAGAAACCGAAUUCGAUUCGCUAAUCAUGCAAGGAUCUGCGUUAUGGAAAUCUCUCUGCAACGAAGAUUCGUAUCUGAGAUUGUUCCCUAAUAAGCAUUUCGAUCUGGAAACGAUCGUCUCCGCGAAAUUACGGCCGGUUAGGGUUUGCAAUGAUAAAUCGUUUACUGGGUUAUUCAGCCCGGAGAGAUUUGCUUCGUUGGAAGGUUUAAUGUCGUUUGAUCAGAUCUGGGACGAAGUGGAGAAAGAAGUAGCGAUAGCGUCUGGAGAAUCUAGGGUUUAUAUCGUGAGCUGGAACGAUCAUUUCUUUGUGGUGAAAGCAGAUUUAGAGGGGUUUUGUGUGAUUGAUUCGUUAGGGGAGAGAUUGUUCGAAGGAUGCAAGCAAGCGUACAUUCUCAAGUUUGAUGAGUCGAGUUUGAUGUAUGAGAAAACAGGGGAGGAAGAGUCGUCGGCAGUGGUGGUUUGUAAAGGGAGAGAGUGUUGCAGAGAGUAUAUAAAGAGGUUUCUUGCGGCGAUUCCGGUGGCGGAGUUGGCGGCUAAGGAGGAGAAAGGGAAUGUAGUGGGUGUGUCUCUGCUUCAUGAGAAACUUCAGAUUGAUUUGCAUCAUAUUAUGUUGACUGGUGAUUAG